GGCCUGACGCGCAACGUGGGCGGCGAGGACGCGGCGCGGGGCGAGUGGCCCUGGCAGGGCAGCCUGCUCCGGCGCGGCCGCCACGUCUGCGGCGCCUCGCUCGUCGCCCCGCGCUGGGUCCUCACCGCCGCCCACUGCUUCCAGGCGUUCCCACUGUCACUGUGGUGGCCCUCCACGGUGACAUCACCACCACCACUGUGGUGGCCCUCCAUGGUGAUGUCUCCACCACGGCCAUGGUGGCCCUCCAUGGUGAUGUUCCCCACCACCACCGUGGUGGCCCUCCAUGGGGACGUCUCCACCACGGCCGUGGUGGCCCUCCAUGGUGACAUCACCACCACCGCUGUGGUGGCCCUCCAUGGUGACGUCCCCACCACGGCCAUGACGGCCCUCCAUCCUUCCUUUCCCCACUGCCGCCGUGGUGGCCCUCCGUGGAGCCAGGAGCCGGGCGACUACGCAGUGCUGCUGGGAGUGCAGGAGCUGGCAGGGCCACCGGGGGCCGGGGCCGCCGUGCCCCUGAGCCGCCUCCUGCCCCACCCGGCCUACGCCGGCGAGGCCACCAGCGGUGACAUCGCCCUGGCCCAGCUCGUGCACCCCGUUGCCUUCUCCGACACCGUCCUGCCCGUCUGCCUGCCCGCUGCGGACCUCCACUUCGCCCCCGGCACCCGCUGCGUGGCCACCGGCUGGGGAGACAUCAAGGAAGGCGAGGACCUGCCCUCGCCGCGGCGGCUGCAGAAGCUGGAGGUGCCCAUCAUGGCGCAGGCCACCUGCCGGCGCCUCUACGGCACCGACAUGGGCCGGGGGCUGCCGCCGCGGCGCAUCCAGGCCGACAUGAUGUGCGCCGGCUACGCCGAGGGCCUCAAGGACACCUGCAAGGGCGACUCGGGGGGCCCGCUGGUGUGCCGGGCUGGCGGCCGCUGGGUGCUGGCCGGCAUCGUGAGCUGGGGCGAGGGCUGCGCCGUGCCCAACCGCCCGGGCGUCUACACCCGCGUCAGCGCCUACGCGGCCUGGCUGGCCCGGCGCGCCCCCGGCCUGCCCUUCGUCACCGCCGGCGCCGCCUCCGCCGCCGAUGGUACUGCCGCCAAUGGUACCACCACGGUCAACGCUGCUACCACCAUCAGCUUCCUGCUCCUUCUUGUUGUGCUAUAA